AUGAAUGGGUUUCAGAAUGGAAAAGCUCCCAAUCUUGAGAAACCUUUUACCGGAUGCUUGGGAAGAAUGGUGAACCUCUUUGAUUUGAGUACCAGUGUGGCGGGAAACAGGCUGCUCGCAGAUAAACCACAUCGUGAUGGUUCUCCACUCUCAAGGAGCCAAUCAGACACAGCAAGAAUAAGUCCAACUGAGGUCGAAAUAGAGGAUAAAAUGAUGGUCUCUAACUUAAGGAGAACUUCUUCAAACUGGAAAUCAAAUGGAACUCCCAUGAAGAUGCUUAUAGCCAAUGAAAUGUUGAAAGAAGUUGAAUCUAAGCAUAAUCCACCAAAUGUGGUUGCCAAGUUGAUGGGGCUUGAUGCCCUCCCAUGCCGGCAAUCUGAUUCAGCUGCACAAACAAUCCUUUCAAGAGAUUAUUCACGAAGUCAUUCUGGUAUACACUCAAGUUAUUGGCAGCAAGACCAUGGAUCAUUGGACACAGAAAUACAUCAUGAGAUUCAUCAAUAUCCGGAGCAGAACAAAUCCAAAGAAGUGUAUGAGAUGUGGCAGCAUUCACCAAAAACAAGUUAUGACAAAAAUACAUCACUGCAGAAGGGGAGAUGUAAAGAAACUACGAAUGAGAAAAAGAUGGCUCUCGUUCACCAGAAGUUCAUCGAAGCAAAAUACUUGGCCAUGGAUGAAAAACUUCGUCAGUCCAAGAAAUUCCAAGAAGCAUUAGAUGUUUUAAGUUCUAAUAAAGAUUUAUUCCUCAAGUUUCUACAGGAACCCAAUUCCCUGUUCUCUGAGCAUCAUUCUGAUAAGCAGUGUAUUCGUCCACCUCCCGAGACAAAGCGCAUCACUGUUCUUAAACCAUCUAAAAUGACAGAUAAUAACAGAUUUGCCGGACCGGGGAGGAAUAAUGGAGAACAGACGAAGAAGGCAGUCCACGUGGGUCUGGUUAAUGGAUUGACUAAUAGCAAUCAUGGAUUCUCCCCUCCUGCAGCAAGUUGGAAGAUUGAUGAAAAUCCUACUCAACCCACUCGAAUAGUGGUACUAAAACCUAGCCUGGGAAGCCUCAUGACAUUAAGGCUGUUAUUUCACCACCUUCCUCAUACCCAAGAAAAUUGCAUUCUAAAGAAAUCAAUAGGGAACCAGAAGAUAAUGAGGCACGGGAAUCAAGAGAAUUAG